AUGUCUAAACGAAGAAAACACAUGAAAUGUCAUUACAAUUGUUUUGUCGCCACCGAAGCUGUCGAUUGGAUCCUUAAUUAUCUGCGCGUUUGUCCACACUUUACGGGACAACAGAUCUCGAGAUUUCAAGCGAUAAAUCUGUUGCGAAAAUAUCUGCAAACAGAUGUCAUCGAGAGAGUGGACUCUCGACGGACGGGACAACAGUUUCAGGACAACAAAGAGUUGUAUCGCUUCACGAGAAACGCCAACGAAAACUUGCCGUUCAUAUCGUCCGGUAAUCUUCAGGGACUGGUGUCGGGCAACGGCGUCGCUGCGCCGCCGCCAACGGCCACCGCAGACACCUCCAAGUCAUGCGACAAUCAAAUCCCGGAACUGAUUAAUCAAAUGUCUUUGACCGAAAAGAGCGCUGCAUUCAAACACGUGUUUUUCAAUAGAUUUGUGUCAUUUGUUCCCAAUGUUGACGACUAUCUCCGAAGGGAUGACAUAAUGUCAUUGAUUUUGAUGCACAACAUGACACGGAUCAGCGCUAACGGUGUGGUCAGACUCAACGAUCGGUCCGAAGAUCUGCCGCAUUGGGUGGUGUCGGCCAUGAAGUGUUUGGCCAAUUGUAAGCGCCGUCUCUUCGCUAUACGGCCGAAAGCGUCGGGAAGUGACAGCUGUUUACCGAAAUACCCGGGCUUUGAGAACGACGUGUUCGGAGUGGUCAGGGAUUACUUCAUAAACAUUGGCAUUCCGUUGAUUCCCAACCAAUUAUAUUCGCUAAUCAUUCACAUCUAUGACAAGUACACCAACACCGGUGGCCAACAGACGUACGCCACGAUCAACGCGCGCAACACAUACGGCCUUAAAGUGAGACCCAUUCAGAUCCCGACGCCUACUCUCUUGUGCUGUAAUAAACCGCAGACAACGUCGACACCGAUCGCUGGGAGCGGAGGCCCUCUGCCAUCGCCGACAACAACUGUUGAUUUGCCGCCGAAUCACGUCUACGAGACGGCGUUUAUGGGCGAAAAUCCUGUGACCAAAAUUGUGUCCAUCGAUGAGCUCACGAAUCUCUUCGCCACCAGUUCUCGGCUGAAAAGUUGCGACUCUUUGUGCGACAAAUACGCGGCGGCGAAGUGUCUGGCGAUGAGGAGAGCGUCGUCACCGACGCCCGAAAACAGACGCUUUGUGGACGCGAUCGCAACUAUACCGAGAAAUCGGCGCCAUUUGCUGUCACCCGUCGGCGGCGACGGCACCGCCUAUAAGAGUCCGAUCGCCGCCAGUAUUUACAAAACCCAAUUCCGAUCGCCCGACUCGAGCGCCAGCAGUACUCACAGCGCCUUUGGUUAUCACAACUUUGGGUUUGCGAUGCAAAGUCCCGCCGAAGACGGCCAGUAUAUGGAGAGCAAAAGUGUGUGCUCUCUGUCGUCCAUUCAUUUGAGUCCCAUUUCGCACAACAAUCCUAACGACAAUCUGAGCGCUCAGUUCUCCAACAACUCGUCCAAUAAGUCCGAUACUAUAGUCAACACCAAUGAUGAGAAACUGCUGGAAGCGCUCCGAAUGACACUGUUUUUGAUGCCAUCGGCUAAUAGAAGACAUUUACACCUUUUGUUAAGACUUUUGUCGAAGAUUUUGCAAAACAAAGAAAUCCAUUUCCGUUUCUAUGAUAACAUCUCUGCCAAGGAAUAUAUAUUGAGAACAUUCACGAGAAGUAUAUUAUGCGCUGAAAAGGAGAACAUUUACAACGAGAUUAAAGCCCAGAAAAUUGUGUGCCUUUUGCUCGACAAUUGCAAAGACAUGUUUAAAGUGCCCGAAGACGUGGUUCAAGGCGUCGACCGAUUGCUCGUCGAAAAAGCGACAAAAAUACUGUUGGCAGAGAACGAGCGAAACGCUGACCAGUAUUGCGAGAAAAUCACUGCCGAAGAGUUUGAACUGCAAAGGGAUGUGAUGUCUGAGUACGCGUUGGCAGACCUUCUCAAGAGUAUUAUGACUGACGAUAGGCUUACCGAUAGGGAUAAACUCAAAUGGAUUAAACAGUUCAAGUCAUACCAUCCGGAUGUCUAUGACUUUCUCGAAAUCAGAGGAAUAUUUGGAUAA